UGUCUACACCAUACUUAGUCUCUUGUUAUUGAUUGCUAACUACACUAACCACAACUUGUAGUUUCCCAUUUAAACCCGACCCUUAACACAGACCAUCACACUUUCACACUUUGAUCUUUCACAUUUAAACCCUUCUUCUCUCUCCUUUGAUCUUUGAUCUUUCAUUCCACUUUCACACUUAAAUCCUACUGGGGUUUUAAGUGAGCAUUUGAUAUCUUUUGGUAAUAUGAGAGUCAGAUUUGAUAUCUUUUUGUAACGAGAGUCAGCUUUCUCCGCAAAAUCUUUUUCGUUGUGUUAUGGUGGCAUGGAAGUUGGGGGUGGUGCUAUGGUACCAUUGGAGGACAAACCUCAAAUAACAAUGCUUCGCCGCCGUCAAGAGAGGAGGAGGAAGUAACUGAUUGUUUACAAUGGCGAAUAUGGAAGAGAUUGAGCACGAGGAGCAGAAUAUCGAGAAAAGGGUGCCGAAGCCAUGGGACGAAGACCCAAACAUCGACCGUUGGACUGUCGAGAAGUUCGACCCGGCAUGGAAUCCCACAGGCAUGCUCUCUUCUACCGACUUCACCACACUCUUUCCUCAAUACAGAAAGAAGUAUCUUCAGGAUUGCUGGCCUAGAAUCGAAUCCGCUCUCAAGGAAUAUGGUCUCGCCUGCGAGCUCAACCUGGUUAAAGGUUCUAUGACUGUUAAAACGACGAUGAAGACAAGAGAUCCGUUCAUUGUUAUCAAAGCUAGGGAUUUGAUUAAGCUUCUUUCCAGAAGUGUCCCUGCUCCUCAGGCUAUUAAGAUUCUAGACGAUGAGGUGCAAUGUGAUAUCAUCAAGAUUCGUAACUUGGUUCGGAAUAAGGAAAGAUUUGUUAGAAGAAGGCAGCGACUUGUGGGUCCUAAUUCCUCUACCUUGAAGACGCUGGAAAUAUUAACCAGCUGUUACAUUCUAGUUCAGGGAAGUACUGUAGCCGCAAUGGGUUCAUGGAAAGGUCUCAAACAAAUCAGAAAGAUUGUGGAAGACUGCAUACAGAAUCAAAUGCGUCCUUCNAUGUUGGUUGAAUGUAAUGUCAAUUUGUAUAUAGCAUGCAUAGUCAACAGGUCAUAA